GUGACUGCCAACACCCGAGAAUAAAAAUGAUGCUGAGCCCGGACCAGGCUGAGGCGGACCUCUCCUGGACUCAGUCCGACCCGGAGACGAUGCUCAACGGCCUCAAGUCGGCCGGCUGCACCUCGGACGAGCCCACGGAGGGCGAGGAGAGGGCCAAGUGCAAAUCCGACCAGCCCCUGAGCAGGGAGGAGAAGAGGAGGAGGAGGAGGGCCACGGCCAAGUACCGCUCGGCCCACGCCACCAGAGAGCGGAUCCGGGUGGAGGCGUUCAACGUGGCCUUCGCGGAGCUGAGGAAAUUACUCCCCACCUUGCCCCCGGACAAGAAACUCUCCAAGAUCGAGAUCCUCAGACUGGCUAUAUGCUACAUCUCCUAUCUCAAUCACGUGUUGGAUGUCUAAGAGUGACCCCCACCCCCCCGUGAGACAGAGACGGCUGGGUUGGUAGACUGGACUCAACACGCUGGGGUGUCAAGCGUGGGUAUGGCAAGGUGGGGCAGGAUAGGGUUGGACUGAUGGCGGGAUGUUUUAAUACCUGGUGUUUUUAUAGCCUCCUGUAUCUGUGUGCAAACAUUCACAACCUUUAAAUUAGUCAGUUUGGGUGUGAGGGGAAAAAAAAUGAAAAGAGUCCUGAGUUUUAAUCUUUUAAAAACUCUCAUGAGAUUAAAAACAACCUGAAUGAAUAUUUUUAAUUAGAACAAAUAUAUGUCAUCCCGGAUCAGUUUUUUCUAUAAAGCUAUAUUCGGUGAGGAAACUCUCUAACUGGAUGAUAUCGGCUCAUACAGACUGAUCGGUCUAACACCUGUGACAGCAGCUCCCAUCCUGCUUCGACUUCAGGGACUCCAAUUAAAUCUUUGAGGUUUUAAUUACUAACAAGCUUCAAACCGCUUCAAAAAAAAAAACAACACACUCACAAAAAAAACCACCAAUUGAGCCUUCAGAGCCAAAAAUCUAUUAAACAACUUCCCCACUAGAUGAACCCAUCUCGUCCCUGGAUGCUGGGACUUUGCCAUA